AUGGGGGCCGACGGGGUCGUCCCUCACGAUGGAACAAGGGAGUCAGAGCCCUCCACAGUCGAUUCAACCCCUCUGUCAGCGUAUCCGCUUCUGGUCCAUUCUAAGCCGAGGGCUCGCUCGGUAAGGGCAUUCCGGGAUGGUGAUCAAGGUUCCUGCAUACAAAAGAAACCCAGUCAUGUCACAGAAGAGGAAUUAGUGAAUGAAGUUCGACAAAUCUACGCCGGGUUGGUGAUGGUGGAGAAGAAGUGCAUCGAGCUCGACAAGCCACAGACGGAAUCGAGGGCGGAAUUAUCGGGGCAACAAUGGCAAGCGAUGAUAUCCUUGCAUCGCACACUCUUACAGGUGCAGCAAGCUUUCUUCUUGGCUUCGCAAUAUACGUCGGCAACCCUGGUACUAAAGCGCCUUGCGAGGAAAUACAAGACGCCUGCACGGAUGUGGCGAUAUGGUACCCAUCCAUUGCUGGAGUUAUUACGACAGGAAAAACACCGUUUUCCCUCGGAGCAAUUAAUAAGGGAUCAUGACUUCUUGAGUUUUCCAAGCUCAUUGAACAACCCACGAUUCACGUAUCAGAGGACGGGAGUGCAUGACACGCAAGAAUCGGAAUCGAGGAGUGCUCUUUCCCAUGAUCGCGAGGUGCGUGUCUUCGAUAUACCUUGUCAACUUGCAGGACAUUCCGCGAACGUGCUUGGGGAUUAUGCGGCAGAGAGAAACUUCAUGGACAAAGAAUAUGCAUUGCACUUGGGGCUACGGAUAAACUGGAAUGCUUCCUGCAAUGUCACCAUCGGUAGUGGGAAACAAGUCACAACUGUGGGAACUGCAAUGGUACCAUUCAGCUUUAAGGAUGAAACUGAGGUGCACAACCUUGAAUUCGAGCUUCUCCCUACCUGCGUCCAUAAUGUGAUUAUUGGGAAGCCAUUCCUGAAACUCACCAAGACGUUCUCAAACGCCGCUAAUUUCCAUCGUCGGGUGAAAGAACGGGUUACUAAAGGUGCCUCGCAGUUCCAUCUAUUAUACCUUGGGGCAUCUACUCCAAUGGUUGAGGGGUCUAUCAAUGGCCAGGUACAUACAGCUCUCGCUGAUUCUGGCUCGAGGUUAUUGCUUAUGGAUGAGGCUUAUGCACACAGUCUUGGGGUGUAUAUUCACACUGGACCUGAAUAUCAAACAAGGCUAACAUUCGCUGAUAAUUCGACCACGAAUACGGCUGGUAUCGCCUAUGAUGUCAAUUGGUGCUUUGGUCGUGAUGGUGAAUUUAGCUCACCUUACCCUCUGAACUUUCACAUUCUGAAGAACGCACCUGCGGAUAUCAUCUUAAGCGGUAGCUUCCUCUUUGACACUAAAGCAUUCUUACAAUAUCAUCAUUACUUUACAGACAAUGAUGAUAGCUCUGAAGAUGAGGAUAGGUCAAUUUCUUUCUUUGCGAUUGAUUUUGAUAGGAGAAAGAAGGGAACACAAAAUAUAACCUCUUUCUCUCUUGCCGAUUUACGAUAUCUGGAACUUGUUCGCCGUGGUGAAGAGGCAGACCGCCUCUCUACCCUUCUAGGAGGGAAGAGGACGGAGGCGCAGAGAAUAGAGGACGAGCGAUGCGCCGAAUGGGACCUGGCGUUCGAGGGGUGGAAGCUGCACUCCGGAUGGGGCUUCUACACCGAAUAA